CAGUAACGUGGCGAUUAUCGUCAAAUUGACACGAAUUUAAAUAUGGCUUGAAAAAAAUCUUUUGAAUUCGUAACGAGCGCUUUCCAUCUGAGGCUGAUUUUUACUUACUUCACGAUAAUUAUAGUUUAAUUGAAUAUUAGAAAAAGUGAGUUUUCGGUCUCAAAUGCAUUAGAGCUCUCUCAUAUUUCAUAUUACAUUCUAUAAAAUACGGUACAAAUAUGUUUUUUCGAACAGUUCAUCGAGGAACAAAACCACCCUUUGUUUUAUCGAGAAGAAUUAGGACUAUUACAACAAGAUUUAAUAACAUUUCAGUACAACAAUUAGAUUUGAAUCAGAUCAAAUCAAAGAAAAGUCAUGUUUCAAAUUUUCCAAAAUCAUUUCGAAAAUUUUCUUCAACUCCAUUAAAAUAUGACGCGUUUUCUCCUUUGGAUACGUUUCCUCGAAGGCAUAAUGGACCUUCAGAUACUGAGAUAAAAGCAAUGCUUGAAACUAUUGAUGUUAAAGAUAUGGAGGAGUUGGUUUUAAAAACAGUUCCUGCUAAUAUUCGAUCUAAAGACGCCUUAGCUUUAGAAGAAGGUUUAACGGAAAGUGAGCUUAUGGAACGAUUGAAGAGAAUUGCUUCCAAGAACAAAGUGUACAAGUCAUAUAUAGGCAUGGGAUAUGCAAAUACGAUUGUACCUUCCGUUAUUUUAAGGAAUAUUUUAGAAUCACCAGGAUGGUAUACACAAUAUACACCUUAUCAGCCCGAAAUCUCUCAAGGUCGAUUAGAAUCACUUUUGAACUUCCAAACUAUGGUCACGGAUCUCACUGGCAUGGACCUCGCCAAUGCUUCUCUUCUUGAUGAGGGAACGGCUGCUGCGGAAGCCAUGUUAAUCUCUUUUUCUGCAAGAAAACAGAAAUGCAAAACUUUUUUUGUGGAUGAAAGGUGCCAUCCUCAAACUAUUGCGUGUCUUCAAACACGUUCCGAAGGAUUUGGGAUUAAUGUAAUAGUAGGAGAUGCAUUAAAAUAUGACUUUGAGAACAAACAUAAAAAUGAUUUAGCCGGUGUUCUAGUUCAGUAUCCUGCAACAGAUGGUAACAUUUAUGACUAUUCUGACUUUUCUGCCAGAAUUCAUUCCUUAGGUGGCCAAGUAGUUUGUGCAACUGAUUUGUUAGCACUAACUUUACUUAUACCACCUGGAGAAUGGGGUGCUGAUAUUGCUGUAGGCAAUAGUCAGCGCUUUGGUGUUCCUUUAGGUUAUGGUGGCCCGCAUGCCGCAUUUUUUGCUUGCAAAGACCAACUUAAGCGAAGAAUGCCAGGUCGAUUAGUUGGGGUCUCGCGGGAUGCAUCUGGAAAUAAAGCUUAUCGUUUGUCGUUACAAACCAGAGAACAACAUAUUAGACGAGAGAAAGCUACUAGUAAUAUAUGUACUGCACAAGCACUCUUGGCUAAUAUGGCUGCUAUGUAUGCUAUAUAUCAUGGACCAGAGGGAAUUACAGCCAUUGCAAAACGUAUCCAUAAUUUGACCACUGCAUUAGGGGAGGAAAUUAAACAGAUGGGAUAUUUUAUCAAAAAUGGAGCAUUCUUUGAUACGUUGAAUGUUCAUAUUGAAGGAGGCGCUGAUGAUAUCAUCCAAAAAGCUUUGAAUUCUAAUAUUAACUUUCGUAGAGUAGAUAACAAUACUGUUGGUAUUACAUUAGAUGAGACGGUUCUAAAAGAAGAUGUGUUGGAUAUUAUUCAAAUUUUUUCUAAAGAUUCGAACAAAAAGUCAAAUUUGGGGGUACCUGAUAAACCAAAUAUUCCUCAAAAAUUUAUUCGUACCUCACAAUUUAUGCAACAUCAAGUGUUCAAUUCUUAUCAUUCAGAAACAGAAAUGUUAAGAUACAUAUAUCACUUGCAAUCAAAGGAUCUUUCGUUAGCUCAUUCUAUGAUACCUUUAGGUAGUUGUACUAUGAAACUCAAUGCUACUACAGAGAUGAUACCAAUAACGUGGCCCGAAUUCGCGAAUAUUCAUCCUUUUGUGCCAGCCUAUCAGGCUGAGGGAUACAAGAUUUUAAUUAAAGAACUUGAGCAUGACCUUGCUGUUAUAACAGGAUUUGAUGGUAUUUCUUUACAACCAAACUCUGGAGCUCAAGGAGAAUAUACAGGAUUACGUAUUAUUGGAGCAUACCAUAAAUCAAAGGGUGAUGAUAAGCGUAAUGUUUGUUUAAUUCCUGUAUCAGCUCAUGGUACAAAUCCCGCAUCUGCUGCGAUGGCAGGUAUGGAAGUUGUACCUGUUAAAUGUGAAAAUAAUGGUGAUCUUGAUAUGAAAGAUUUGGAAGAAAAGGCUACCAAAUUUAAAGACAGAUUAGCAGCUUUCAUGGUUACUUAUCCAUCAACAUUUGGUGUAUUUGAAAGCGGAGUUGUAAAAGCAUGUGAAAUAAUUCAUCAAAAUGGAGGACAAGUUUAUAUGGAUGGAGCAAAUUUAAAUGCACAAAUUGGAUUAUGUACACCAGCUGGCAUAGGAGCUGAUGUUUGUCAUUUGAAUCUACAUAAAACAUUCUGCAUACCUCACGGUGGAGGCGGACCGGGGGUUGGUCCCGUGGGCGUUAAAUCACACCUUGUGCCAUUUUUACCGGGUCAUCCAGUUGUGAAGACUGGAGGAGAUAAAUGUAUUGGACCUGUCUCGGCAGCACCGUUUGGUUCACCAAAUAUUUUACCAAUUUCUUGGGCAUAUAUAAAAAUGAUGGGUAGCAAAGGAUUAACAUCAGCUACGCAUAUUGCAUUGCUUAAUGCUAACUAUAUGGCAGUUCGAUUAUCUAACCAUUAUAAAAUUUUAUAUACCAAUCAACAAAGAAUGUGUGCUCAUGAAUUUAUUAUUGAUAUUAGACCAUUCCAAAAAACUGCAGGAAUCGAAGCCAUAGACAUAGCAAAACGCCUUCAGGAUUAUGGAUUCCAUUCACCAACAAUGUCAUGGCCAGUUGCAAAUACACUUAUGGUAGAACCAACAGAGUCGGAAUCAAAAGCAGAAUUGGACAGAUUCUGUGAUGCAAUGAUAUCUAUUAGAGAAGAAAUAAAAUCUAUUGAAAAUGGGCAGCAACCAAAAGGAAAUAAUAUAUUAACAAAUUCGCCACAUGCCAUUGAAACAUUAAUUAAAACUACAUGGGAUAAAGCAUAUAGCAGAGAACAAGCAGCCUUUCCACUGAAUUAUUUAAAAACACAUAAAUUUUGGCCAUCAGUUGGAAGACUUGAUGAUGCAUUUGGUGAUAGAAAUUUAAUAUGUUCUUGUCCACCAGUUGAAGAUUAUCUUGAAAAAUAAAAAUAUAGUAUAAAAUGAAUUUAUAUUAAACAAAAAAAAAAAGUUAUUGUGUUUAUUAAAACUAAAAAUUAUUUAUUGCAUUGAUUUUUUAAUAAAUUUUCUGUGAUGAACAAA